UAUAUAAAUCCUCUCUCCUUUACUCACCCCACACAUCAAACACAAAUAGCAAGAAAAUUUAAUUCCAAUAAUUCAUACUCUUCCAGAAUCAUCAAAGCCAUCAACUGCCUUGACUUGGCAAUUGGAAGAUGAAGCAAGCAAUCCUUUUGUCCUUCUCACUGUUGCUACUCCUUGCCUCCACCACCUUGGCCAUUUCACCGGCACCUGCAGCAGCACCAAAAGCCGCAGCAAAAACUCCUCCUACCCCAAAGGCCGCAGCACCAUCACCAAAACAAUUAGUCCCAACUUUACCUCAGUCUCCAGACUCCCCUGACUCGGUCCCCGACGACAUCACCAGAAUUCUCAAAAAGGCCAAAAUGUUCUCAGUCCUUAUCCGCCUCCUGAAAACCACAGAAAUCAUGAACAACAUCAACUCACAGCUCAUAACAGCCAAGAGUGGUGGCAUAACCAUCCUUGCACCAGAUGAUUCUGCCUUUUCCAACCUCAAAGCUGGCUUCCUCAACUCCUUAAACGAAGGCCAGAAAAUCGAACUUGUGCAGUUCCACUUAUUGCCCGAGUUUGUGUCGAGCUCAAACUUUGAUUCUCUAAGCAACCCUGUGCAGACAGUGGCUGGAAAAGACCCUGCAAGGCUUCCACUAAACGUGAAUGCAUUAGGUAACAGUGUCAACAUUUCAACUGGCGUCGUCAACGCCACCGUUCUCGGGGUAGUAUACUCGGAUAACAAGCUUGGGAUUUACCAUGUGGACAAGGUUCUUCUUCCUCUAGAUUUCUUUGUAACCAAUAAGGCUCCAGCUUUGGCUCCAACAGCUCCUACAAAGGUUCCCAAAGAUGCUAAGGAUAACUCUUCAGAGGACGAUCAAGAAGAAACAAACCAGGAUCACAAUAAAUCCGGGGCAGUGAGUUUGGUUAGCCUUGGUGGAACAAAGUUGAUGUCGCUUGGAAUAGCUUUGGUCGCAGUAGCAACCAUGUGGAGUUGAUCCAUUUGGCAGCUGCAUUUUCAAUUUUAUUUGUCAAACACGCCGUUAGUUUCUUUCAUUUUUCCUUUUUAAAAAUUUUGCUAUCUGUUUCUGGUUUCUUGUGUGUUGGUGUUAUGAGAAGGACGUGAAUACUUCAAUGAUUAAUGAUUCAGUUGUUAAACCAUAAUCGUUCUUAAAUAUUCUUUUAUC